AUGCCGCCAAUCACAAAAAGCACACCUGCCCACUUCUCGGCACUCCCGCAGGAAAUCUCUGUACAAGUCGCGAAAUACCUCAACACGCGCGAAAUAGGUCGGCUUGCCCAGACUUCGAAACACUUUGCUGCUGUAUGCACAGAUGAUUACCUGUGGAAUCUCAUUGCCGUACGUCGGUUUGGCGAGAGUGGGACCUCGGUUGGCGGGACUGGACACUUGGAGCUGUACAAACGGCUUGUAUCACAACACUCACUCAACGUUCCAGCCGAAAAGCUCAAUAUCGUAUGGAACAACGGGCAAUGGUGGAAAAUCAUUGAGUCGCCCGAAUCCCAUUCCGGAAAAGUAGCGUUCCUCAACGCGGUGUGGUGGUUUGACAUUCGAUACCAAAUCAAAGGCGUUCCUCGCGGCCUAUAUAUCCCAACAUGGCGCGUCCUGUUUCCGGAGCGGACGGGGGGUCUGGAAGGCGUCCAGUUUCGCAUCAGCGUCAAGAACGGUGGUGAUGGCGUCGAGCAUGCCAACCUGGUUUCUGAGAAGCGCAUGUCGGAGAUUCUCCCGGAGAGUGCGAGCACCGCUGCUACAAUCGGAUUCCAGCACUUCAUCAAUCUUGAGCGCCAUUUGCCGGACAACCUUAGCCCUGUCCCCCAAUGGGUCGAGUUGAGUAUGCCAGCUCUGAAUGUAGGAGACUGGCCUGGCGCUGCCCCCUAUUGGGACGUGGACAUCGAAGCGACCGACCACACGAGCACCUACAAAUACGGGAUGGUGAUCGACUGGUUCCAACUCGUUCCUCAGAGACCAGUCUCUACGUCAGGCGAGAUUGAAACACCUGCACCAACACCCACCGCGAACGAGAAUAAAGAAGACUUGCCACCCCCCUUUCCCGUCGGCGCGCCACAAGGUCCUCCUGGGGAAGAGCCAAACACUGUUCAUCCAGAGAUCCAGGAUGUCAUCGGGGGUCUAACAGGUCGAAUUCGGACGGGUGGGGGUGCCAUCAGAGCUGUCGCGAGCCAGAUGCGUUGA